UCCCUUCAUUAUCCAAUUCAACGACAAGGAACCGCCACAAAAACCACCACUGUCUCUGCGUUCACCGUCGUUCCAAUGCAGAGAUCUGGCUAUGGCUCCGAUGGAAUCUACAGGUCUCUGCGACCCUCUCUGGUCACAACGAAGAACCCAAACCUCUCUCUCGUCUCACACCUCUUCACCAAGGUCUCAUCAUUCCCCACAAAACCCGCACUCAUCGACGCCGAUUCCAACCAAACGCUUUCGUUCUCCGAGCUGAAAACGCUCACCGUUAAACUCUCCCACGCCCUCCUCCGCCACUUCAACCUCGCCAAAAACGACGUCGUCCUCUUCCUCGCCCCCAACAGCUUCCUCUACCCUGUUUGCUUCCUCGCUGUCACUUCCCUCGGCGCCGUCGUCUCCACCGUCAACCCCACGUAUACUCUCCCCGAAGUCUCCAAACAAGCUAACGACUCCGCCCCGAAGCUCGUCAUCACGGUUGCGGAGUUAUGGGAUAAGGUCAAACACCUCAACAUCCCCGCCGUGUUCCUGGAACCCACCACGGUGCCGGAUUCGAGUGUUAUCAAUAUCGAUGAGCUGAUUGGGCUUGAACUUGCUGGGUCGGUGACUGAUUUUCCGGCGAGGGAUAUCAAGCAGGGAGAUACGGCGGCGCUGCUGUAUUCAUCGGGGACGACGGGGGUGAGCAAGGGAGUGAUUCUCACGCACGGGAAUUUCAUUGCUGCUUCUUUGAUGAUUGGGUUGGAUGAUGAAUUGGCAGGGCAGAUGCACGAUGUGUUUCUCUGCGUUUUGCCGAUGUUUCAUGUGUUUGGGUUUGCGGUUAUCACGUACUCGCAGCUUAUGAGAGGGAAUGCGGUGGUGUCGUUGAAGAGGUUUGAGUUUGAGCUGGUUUUGAAGACGGUGGAGAAGUAUAAGGUGACGCAUUUGUGGGUUGUGCCUCCGAUUGUGCUUGCUUUGGCGAAGCAUGGUUUGGUUGAUAAGUAUGAUCUUUCUUCGUUGAAGCAUAUUGGUUCUGGUGCUGCACCUCUUGGGAAAGAGUUGAUGGAGGAGUGUGCCAAGCGUUUCCCUAAUGUCAUUGUUUGUCAGGGUUAUGGUAUGACUGAGACUUGUGGGAUUGUUUCGGUGGAGAAUCCGAGGAUGGGGGUUCGGCAUACUGGCUCAACUGGAAUGCUUGUCGCGGGAGUGGAAGCUCAAAUUGUGAGUGUGGAUACCAUGAAGCCCCUACCUCCUGGACAGUUGGGGGAGAUCUGGGUGCGUGGUCCUAAUAUGAUGCAAGGUUAUCACAACAAUCCACAGGCCACUAGAUUGACUAUAGAUAAACAGGGGUGGGUACAUACAGGAGAUCUUGGAUAUUUUGAUGAGGAUGGACAACUUUUUGUUGUUGACCGUAUCAAAGAACUUAUCAAGUAUAAAGGGUUCCAGGUUGCGCCAGCAGAACUUGAAGGGCUUCUUGUUUCUCAUCCUGAAAUACUUGACGCUGUUGUUAUCCCAUACCCUGAUGCUGAAGCUGGUGAGGUUCCAGUUGCCUAUGUCGUUCGUUCACCCAAUAGUUCACUAACCGAGGAAGAUGUUCAAAAGUUCAUUGCUAAUCAGGUAGCACCCUUCAAAAAAUUGAGAAGGGUGACAUUCAUCAACACUGUUCCUAAGACAGCAUCAGGAAAAAUUCUUCGAAGAGAGCUCAUUGACAAAGCACGAUCCAAAAUAUAACAAUAUUAUAAAUAUUACUUGAUUUUCAGCCAUUUUCAAGGUUCAAUUAUGUGAUAGAACCCACCAAAAAAAUCAUGUGAUAGAACCCAAGUUCUUUGGGAAUCUCAUAGGGUACGAUGCAUAGCAGCUCAAAUGGGAAUAAGGAGUAAAAUUAUACAAUAGUGAAAAUAAAAGGGCUUUACGGUGCUAGAAUACUGUGAAAAUAAUUUAAUGGCGGCCCAAUCCAAUUUAUGGCGGGUAUGUAGUGGUCGUAGGAACCCGGGAAAAGUCAAGAUUAAUUUCUGAUGCUUUUUUUUAAAAAAAAUUAUUGGUAUUGAAUGUAAUAGUACUAUCUGUUACAUUAAAAUUCUAAUUGUAAAAGAUCUUUUUUGUUUUGUUUCUUCUCAA